UACAGGCGGUCGCCACCACUCCUUCUUGGCGUUCUCCAAGUCUCUACAGCUCCGUCUCUCCGUGGGAACUCUUCGUCCCAUGUCCUACCGCCCCAACUACCAAGGCGGCCGCAGGGGGGGCCGGGGCGGCGGUAGAGGUGGGGGAAGGGGCGACGGCGGCGGCGGCGGCGGCGGCGGAAGAGGCGGGGGAAGGGGCGGCGGUCGCGGGGAGCAGAGGUGGUGGGAUCCCCAAUGGAGGGCCGAGCGUCUUCGCCAGAUGGCCGGCGAGGUGGAAAAGCUGGAUGAAAAUGAAUGGUGGAGUAGGAUACAACAAUUAAAACAAGGUAGCCAGCAGGAGCUGAUAGUUAAACGUAACUUUGGGCGUGAUGGUCAGAAUACUCUGGCAAAUAUGGCUCAGAAUCAAGGCUUAUACUUCCAUGCAUACAACAAAGGUAAAGCACUUGUAUUUAGCAAGGUUCCUUUACCAGAUUAUCGUGCUGAUCUUGAUGAAAGACAUGGAUCAACACAAAAAGAGAUUAAAAUGUCCACAGAAACUGAAAGAAGAGUCGUAAGUCUUUUGGCUAGAUCAAAAGAUAUAUCAACCCAAAAUAGUUCCACCAGUACAUUCACUCAGGCGGAGAAGCAACCUUUAUCUAGCGUGCCCAUCUCUAGAUCUGAAUCCUCUUCAUCUUUUGAUACUAUGAAGGAGAAGUUUAGUUUUGAACUUAGGGAGCUGCAGAACUCCAAGAAGGCAUCCCCGAGCACUAAAGCAAUGCUUGCUUUCAGGGAAAAAUUACCAGCCUACAAACUCAAGGAUGAGUUUUUGAAAGCUGUGGCAGACAAUCAGGUGCUUGUUGUUUCUGGAGAGACAGGUUGUGGCAAGACUACACAGCUACCUCAAUUCAUAUUAGAGCAGGAGAUUGAACAUCUACGAGGAGCAGAUUGUAGUAUAAUAUGUACUCAGCCACGUCGGAUAUCAGCUAUAUCUGUUGCAGCACGCAUUGCUUCUGAAAGGGGUGAAAGUCUUGGAGAAACUGUUGGUUACCAGAUCCGUUUAGAAGCAAAGCGUUCUGAGCAAACACGUUUACUGUUUUGCACAACAGGAGUCUUACUCCGAAGGCUGGUUCAGGAGUCAGACCUUGCAGGUGUUAGUCAUCUACUUGUUGAUGAAAUUCAUGAAAGGGGCAUUAAUGAGGAUUUCCUCAUUAUAAUUUUGCGUGAUCUUCUGCCACGGCGACCUGACCUUCGGCUAAUAUUAAUGAGUGCUACUUUGAAUGCUGAUCUCUUCUCCAGAUACUUUGGAAAUGCACCAGUCAUCCACAUACCGGGUUUUACUUUUCCUGUGGCAGAACUGUUUCUAGAGGAUAUAGUGGAAAAGACUCGAUACAAGAUUAAGCAUGAGUUGGAUAAUUAUCAAGGGAACUCGAGGAGGAGAAGAAGGCAACCAUCGGCAAAAAGUGAUCCUUUGACAGAAAUGUUUGAGGAUGUUGAUGUUGAUAUACAGUACAAGAACUACAGCUUUCCUACAAGACAGUCUCUUGAAGCCUGGGAUGGUGGACAACUGGAUCUGGGUCUUGUGGAAGCAACUAUCGAACAUAUUUGCUGCCAUGAAGGGGAUGGAGCUAUCCUUGUAUUCCUUACGGGUUGGGAUGAGAUAUCUAAGCUGCUUGAAAAAAUUAAAGGGAACACUUAUCUUGGGAAUUCUAGCAAGUUUCUUGUUCUUCCUUUGCAUGGUUCAAUGCCCACUGUCAAUCAACGUGAAAUUUUUGACAGACCUCCAAGUAAUAUGAGGAAGAUUGUUCUAGCGACAAAUAUUGCAGAAAGUAGCAUUACAAUAGAUGAUGUUGUUUAUGUCAUUGAUUGUGGAAAAGCAAAAGAAACAAGUUAUGAUGCUCUCAAUAAACUGGCUUGCCUGUUACCGUCAUGGAUAUCAAAGGCUUCAGCACAUCAGAGAAGGGGACGUGCAGGUCGAGUUCAACCUGGGGUGUGUUAUAGGUUGUACCCAAAAAUUCUUCAUGAUGCUAUGCCCCAGUAUCAAUUACCUGAAAUUCUUCGAACCCCUUUACAAGAACUAUGCCUUAAUAUUAAAAGCUUACAGCUUGGAGCAAUUGCAACAUUCUUGGCCAAGGCACUUCAGCCUCCUGAUCCGCUCUCUGUUAAAAAUGCAAUUGAAAUUUUGAAAACUAUUGGAGCGCUAGAUGACACCGAGGAGCUUACUGCAUUAGGACGCCAUCUGUGCAUGCUUCCUUUGGAUCCAAAUAUUGGAAAGAUGCUGCUUAUGGGGUCUAUAUUCCAGUGCCUAGAUCCAGCACUGACAAUUGCUGCUGCUCUUGCACAUCGUGACCCAUUUGUUCUACCAAUAAAUAGAAAAGAAGAAGCUGAUGCUGUAAAAAGAUCCUUUGCUGGUGACUCUUGCAGUGAUCACAUAGCUCUUUUAAAAGCUUUUGAAGCAUGGAAGGGUGCUAAACGCAGUGGAAGAGAACGAGCUUUCUGUUGGGAGAAUUUCUUGUCCCCCAUAACCUUGCAAAUGAUGGACGACAUGAGAAACCAGUUCUUGGAUCUAUUAUCUGACAUAGGUUUUGUGAACAAGGCUAAAGGUGCCAAGGCAUAUAACCACUAUGGAGAUGAUAUGGAAAUGAUAUGUGCCGUUCUGUGUGCUGGGCUUUACCCUAAUGUUAUCCAAUGCAAAAGGAGAGGGAAGAGGACAGCAUUUUACAGCAAAGAUGUUGGGAAAGUUGAUAUUCAUCCUUCCUCUGUUAAUGCAGGGGUCCAUCUAUUCCCUUUGCCUUACAUGAUUUACAGCGACAAAGUGAAAACCUCAAGUAUAUAUAUCAGGGAUUCGACAAAUAUUUCAGACUAUGCUUUGCUCUUGUUUGGAGGCAGCCUCAUGCCAAGUAAAUCUGGAGAGGGCAUCGAGAUGCUGGGUGGAUACCUUCACUUUUCGGCACCAAAGAGUACACUACAUCUUAUUCAGAGAUUGAGAGGAGAACUUGACAAACUGUUGCAGAGGAAAAUUGAGGAGCCAGCGCUUGAUGUCCAUUCGGAGGGUAUUGAUGUUGUUGCUGCAGCUGUCGAACUAUUGCACAGCCAGAAUGUCUACCACUGAAUGAUAUAUAUAUAUAUAUAUAUAUAGAGAGAGAGAGAGAGAGAGAGAGAGAGAGUAUUCCUAUCUUCUCAUCCUUCAGCAAUUUAUAUAAGCAAGAUAGAAGCUGCACGUCCUCCUUCCAACAGUGAUUCUGCUUCUCGUUUGAGCGUUCUUAUUCCCAUAGGAGAUGUGAAACUAUGGCACUUUAUUUUUGCUAUCAUAUGGCAUGAUUUUUUGUGAUCCAAUGAUGACACAGAAAAAUAGUAGAUUAUAAUGAUUCGUUGGUUAACUGUUCCUGAAAACUUUUUGUUGU